AUGGAAGACCUCGCCCAUCGAAUACGUGACAUCUCAACGCAGGACAAAACGUCUUUCCCUUACAUCUUCGAGCAGAAUGUAUCCAUCCCCUUGAAAACGACCGCCAUUUUGGAUGCAUCGGCCGUCAUCCGCUGCAAUAUCUAUCGCCCGAAUGAUGAGUCCUCCAUUUAUCCUGUCCUGGUUACGUACGGUCCCUACGGGAAAGAUAUACAUUACCGCGAUUUCCACGGCCGCUCCUUCGCAGAGGUGAAUCCGAAUCAGCAAUCCGAGCAUUCGUGCUGGGAAACCCCAGACCCUCUCUACUGGACACAGCACGGGUAUGUGGUCGUGCGUGCGGAUGAACGUGGCACGGGGCAAUCCCCUGGAAUGCUUGAUACCAUGUCCCGCGGAACGAGCGAGGCCUUCUUCGACGUAGUUGAAUGGUGUGCAGAGCAGGCCUGGUCAUCUGGCCAUGUUGGCCUGCUGGGAAUCAGCUACUACGCAGGGAGCCAGUGGCGCGUGGCAGCGAGGAGACCCAAAGGUCUCAAGGCAAUUGUGCCCUGGGAAGGAAUGAGCGACUACUAUCGGGACCGCUGUCGCCAUGGUGGUAUCUUCGCCAAUGGAUUCAUUGAUUUCUGGUAUAACCGCCAAGUCGUCACAAACCAGUAUGGCCGGCCCGGCCGAGCGGCAAGUAACUGGGGACCUGACACGAUUGAGGGCGAGCUUUCAGACGACCAGCUAGAACAGCUGCGGAGACACCAGACCCUAGAUAACGCGAGCAACCAGUUUCGAGACGAUGUGUAUUAUGCCUCGAAGGAAUAUGCGCUGGAGGAUAUCGAGGUGCCGCUCCUUUCCGUGGCAAACUGGGGUGGUAUCACAGUGCACUUGCGAGGGAAUGUUCAGGGUUUUCUCCAUGCAGGCUCAGAGUUGAAGUAUAUUCGCUUCAUUACGGGGAGGCACGAUCUUCCGUUCUAUCGCGAUGAGGAGGUGGAGUUGCAACGGAGCUUCCUGGAUGCCUUUCUCCGCGAUGAUGAUCGGGUUGGGUGGUCUAGGAAGGGAGAGGUCCCUCCCGUUGACCUUGUCCUGCGGAAGGGGAAUGUUCCCUGUAAUGACGAGGCCGCGGAGAUGACUUUCCCUCGUCGAACUGAAAAUGAAUGGCCCCUGGCACGCACCGAGUACACGAAGUACUACCUGACACCGGACUAUGGCCUCCAGCCCAUCAAGCCAUCAUCUACAUCACCCUACGCCAAACUCUCCUAUAAGGCUCCAGGGCCACUGAAAGACCCGCACUUCCUGCAAUUUACCAGCCUGGCCUUCGAACGUGAGACAGAGGUUACUGGCCACAUUGUAGCGCAUCUGUGUGUCUCGCUCGAAGCAGACUUCGAUAGCGAAUCCCCACGGGACAUAGACCUCUUCGUUACCCUCCGACACAUCUCUCCAGAGGGACAAGAAAUCAACUACACUGGGAGUGCAGGUGAUCCAGUCCCAGCAUGCCGUGGCUGGCUCAGAGUCAGCCUGCGGAAGGUCAACGAGAACCACCCACGCCACCGGUCGUGGCUUCCAUACCGUGAAUACCUUUCAACUGAUAUUCUCCCUGUACUACCCGGGGAGGUAUACUCUGUGGAUGUCGAGCUCUGGCCUACCUCGGUCGUGGUUGGAAAGGGUGGAAAACUGGUUCUUGAAGUGGCCUCCGGCGACACGGAGGGUUCGGGGAUCUUCCAGCAUAAUCACCCGAGGGAUAGACCUCUUGAGAGGUUUCAGGGGGUAAAUUCUUUACGUUUUGGGCCCGUUUGGGAGAAUUACGUUACGUUUCCUAUCAUUCCUCCGGCAUAA